AUGCGUAUGAUGAAUAUCCACUCCCGCGUGCCAUAUGCCAUGCCCGUGGAUCAUAGUUUGGCUGUUGUGAUCUUCGACGGGUACUACCACUUCGAGCACCGGCACGUGCAGAAACGAUCGCUCAAUCCUUCUGGACACCACCAGCAACGAUUGGACGGUGACGAUCGGGUGCGAUGGGCGAAACAGCAGCGAGCCAAACGGCGUCCGAAGCGGGACUUUCGAUCCCUCAAAAGCCCCUACACGAUACAGCUGAACGACCCCAAGUGGGGCGAGAUGUGGUACCUGAAUCGAGGGAACGGCCUAGACAUGAAUGUGAUUCCAGCCUGGAAGGAGGGCGUGACGGGGAAGGGCGUCGUGGUGACGAUUCUGGAUGACGGUUUGGAAUCGGACCAUCCGGACCUGGAGCACAAUUACGACCCCAAAGCAUCGUACGACGUAAACGGAAACGAUGGUGAUCCAAUGCCGCACUACGACCUCACCGAUUCGAACCGACACGGGACGCGGUGUGCUGGCGAGGUGGCAGCCACGGCCAACAAUUCCAAAUGUGCCGUUGGCAUCGCGUACGGUGCUCGAGUUGGCGGUGUCCGGAUGCUUGACGGUGACGUAACGGACGUGGUGGAAGCAAAGUCGCUGGGGUUGAACUCGCAACAUAUCGACAUCUACAGUGCCUCGUGGGGACCGGACGACGACGGGAAAACCGUGGACGGUCCGGGCGAUAUGGCUACCCGGGCGUUCAUCGAAGGCGUCCGGAAGGGGCGCGGUGGAAAGGGUUCCAUUUUCAUCUGGGCCUCGGGAAACGGUGGCCGGGAACACGACAACUGUAACUGUGACGGGUACACCAACUCCAUCUGGACCCUGUCGAUUUCGAGUGCCUCCCAGGAAGGACUGGUGCCUUGGUUCUCGGAAAUGUGCAGCUCUACGCUGGCGACCACUUAUAGCAGUGGUAACACCAAUGAAAAGCAGGUGAUCACAACCGAUUUACACCACUCGUGUACGUCGUCGCACACGGGGACGUCAGCAUCGGCUCCACUUGCAGCCGGAAUAGCCGCUCUGGUCCUGGAGGCAAAUCCUAACCUCACGUGGCGAGAUCUGCAGCACGUAGUGGUCCGUACGGCGAAACCGGGCAAUCUGAAGGAUCCAACGUGGUCAAAAAACGGUGUCGGCCGGCGAGUGUCGCACUCAUUCGGUUACGGUCUGAUGGACGCCGCCGCAAUGGUCAAACUGGCACGGACGUGGAAAACCGUCCCGGAGCAGCAAAUCUGCGAAAUCAACGCACCCCAUCUGGACAAGCAAAUUCCACCUCGCACCAAAGUGACCCUGCAGCUCGUGGUGGAACACUGCAAGGGCGUCAACUAUCUGGAACACGUGCAAGCCAAAAUAACGCUGACCUCCCAGCGGCGGGGCGAUAUUCAAAUAUUCCUGACCUCUCCGUCCGGUACCCGAGUCACACUGCUGACGCCCAGAUCCCAUGAUUUAUCUCGUUCCGGUUUCAAUCAGUGGCCUUUCAUGUCGGUGCACACAUGGGGCGAAGCACCGCACGGGACCUGGCAGCUGGAGAUUCACAACGAAGGCCGUCUAUUAGGAUACUCACUGAUUCGCGGCUGGUCGUUAAUUCUGUAUGGCACUAGCAGCGCACCGGAUCCUAACGAUCCACCGAACGUGCCACGUGUGCUGUCAACCCCCCAGCCAGUGUUGCCCCCCAUCAUUCCGGCAUCCGGCUACACUGGCUAUUCGGUUGGCGGCGGUUCGAAGAAUUUCUACACAUCAGGGGGUGGUGGCAUUGGCAAACCGAACCGCAAACAACAGCUGCAAUAUGCAACCUACACACCGGCAGCAUCCCAGUUCGGAAUGACUACCGUGUACCAGUCCCCGCCAGCUACCGCUACGUCUUCGAGGAAAAAUAAGAACAAAAACAAGCCGAACAAAAAUUCGUCGAAAACCACAACCGCCCGACCGAACGGCGGCGGCGGCGGCCAAACCACGUUGAGUGUUUUUGUAAACUCGUACGGUAAGAAAUUCGACUCCUACGCCAGCGGUAAGAAAACGCAAACAUCCAAGCCGAAACCCCCAUCCUCGCAAAGCUCCAAUUUCAACCGAAACGAAAAGUUCAACGCGGCAUCCUCCACAAUCUACGAGAAGCAAGUUGCCAUCAAAGCGCCCAAACAGGUCAAAGACAGCAACUCGCAAACCCCUUCCAGGGCUUCAUCCCGGAAACCGAUCUCCAUAACAUCAACCACAAACCUGCCAUCGUCACCCAUCGCCGGUGGUGGCAGCACCAGCACGGGAACCACCAGCCUUACCACGCAGAGCCCGUUCUUCAACGAGCGGUUCUCCACCACAAACGCCCGCAUCCCAAAACUGUUCCAGCAGUACGAAAAAAUCCAGCAGUUCUACCCGGAGCUCAAACCCUACUCCUCGAUCCGGGACGAUCUGGAUCGUCCCCAGACGUCAAACAGUCACGCAUCGCAGCUGAAACCGUCUUCCAUCUUCCUGGCGUCGCCAGUCAACGCUAGCGGGACAAAUGCUACCGGCAACAGCAACACCGGAUCAUCGUCCUCAUCGUCAUCGUCGUCGUCGUACAACGGGAAACCUUCGCGAGCCAACACCAAAAUAUUCUUCCCGGAUACGGACAUCAUCGAUGCGAUCGGACCGCGGAAGAUUUCCUCCAGCUUGCAGCCGAUCCAGCCGUUCUACGGGCGGACGCAGAGCUCGCAGUUCGUGUCCAGCGGGGCCAAGAGCGGAAAGGCUCAAAUAACGCACUGGAAUCUAAUCUUCUACGGUACGGAAACGCCGGCCCAACCGGAUGAUCCGGUUCGACUGGGGAAACCCGGCUUCAGUGAUAGCAACUACGGCGGUGAGAUCGAACACAACUCGCUGGAGUUCGACAAUGGCAUCACCAGCGAUCAGUGGAGGAAUAUGCAACAGAUCGGCGAAAGCCACGUGGACGUCCAGCGAACGGCCUCGAGUGAUGUGACGGCUUCGGUGUGCGCCAAUUAUUCCGGAGCCCUGUGCAUAGAUUGCGGCACAUCCUCGUACUUGUACAAAGGCCGCUGCUACAGUACAUGUCCGGAUUCGACCUACCCAUCGGACCCCAGUAGUGGUGGAACCCCAAACCGAACCGACGAGGACACCAUUAAGGAGAGUGCCUUCAUCGAGCAGCAACCACUGCCGAAAGGUUCAUUACGACGGCGUAGCACUGCGACGGCAGCUAUCGCUUUCCAGCUGGUCGGCGACGACGAGGUUGGCGGCGAUGACGAUAAUUCCAACAAUUUGGGCAACGACGCACUGGUGAAACCAUCACCGCAAGAACGUGACACUCAACCUCACGAGCAGCAGCAGCAGCUGGACCAGAGUCUGAAUCGCCAAUGCAUUCAGUGUCAUCCCACGUGCCUCAAGUGUUUCGGCCCGGACGAGUUCCACUGCACCGAGUGUCAGCCGUUAUUUGCCUUCGUCGACGAGGACAACGGUGCCAAUGAUGUCAAUGCGUCCCGUCCGAGUUCCGAUCAGCGCCAGCGUCACUGCGUCUCCAUCACCGGAAAACAACGCUCGGGCGGAACAAAUAAAUCCCGCCCUAAUGCCACAUUAUCCUACCCGGCCGCCGCCGAUGGCCAGCAAAAGUCCGAUAAGAGCUGGCAAUCGUCCGACUACCUCAUUAUGAUAGCCGCCGUCGGAGCGACACUGCUGGUGGCCUUUGCGGUCAUCUAUCUGAUGUGGCGGCGUUGCUUCAGGGGAGUGCUUCUGUUGGGGUCUGGGCCGGGCUCCGGAGGCACAGGCGAUUACCAGUACGAUCGGGUGCGAACAGAGGAAGCCAUCAGUAGUGCCACCAGUGAACCGUCCUACGCCGAACUGGUGCGAGACGAAAUUGAUGACAUUCUGGCCGAGAGCUCUAGCGACGAAUCGGGCGGCAGUUUUAUGGCCACCCGAAUCAUUGCACCGCUGGAGCGAUAGAGAAGUGUGUGGGCCUGGUGUCAUUGCAUUGGAAUGCAUCCCUCGAGAACCAAGCCAAAGCACCAUUCACUUCAUCUCGGUGGUAGGUACGACUAACGAGGCCAGCUCGCAAGAAGAAACCUUUACUUGGCAUGUGUAUGUAUAGUUGAUUGAGUUUUCAGUAGUCACAAAUGAAGAGAUAAAAAAGGAUGAGCGUAAUUGAACUAGGAUGAACCAGUGUUAGAUUAGAAUGCAGCUUUUAAUCUAGUAGAGUUAGAUAACAGGAACAAAAAGUGAUUAAAGUAGUUGAAUAUUUUA